AUGCGCUCUAUGGUCCAAUUGGAUGCCUUUCUGGUCAGUGCAUACCUGGACUUUGGCUACUUCCUUACGGGUAUUUUGCUGAUGACGGGCAUUGCUCUUCCCAUGGUUCUUGCACACACCGGCAUCGUCACGGGCGCCGCUGCUAUCAUGUCGCUGCUCGGCGGCGCCCUUGUGUAUGGCACCAUGAUAACGUACGCAGCUUUCUUUCAUACCCCGGACGACUUGUAG